AUGUCUAACCUUCCCUCCGAGCCCGAGUUCGAGCAGGCUUACAAGGAGCUUGCCUCUACUCUCGAGAACUCCACUCUUUUCCAGAAGAAGCCUGAGUACCGCAAGGCCCUCCAGGUUGCCUCCGUCCCCGAGCGCGUUGUUCAGUUCCGCGUUGUCUGGGAGGAUGACAAGGGUCAGGUCCAAAUCAACCGCGGUUUCCGUGUCCAGUUCAACUCCGCCCUUGGCCCCUACAAGGGUGGUCUCCGUUUCCACCCUUCCGUCAACCUGUCCAUCCUGAAGUUCCUUGGCUUCGAGCAGGUCUUCAAGAAUGCCUUGACCGGCCUUAACAUGGGUGGUGGCAAGGGUGGCUCCGACUUCGACCCCAAGGGCAAGUCCGACAAUGAGAUCCGCCGCUUCUGUGUUUCCUUCAUGACUGAGCUGUGCAAGCACAUCGGCCAGGACACUGACGUUCCCGCCGGUGACAUCGGUGUUACCGGCCGUGAGAUCGGUUUCAUGUUCGGCCAGUACAAGAAGAUCCGCAACCAGUGGGAGGGUGUUCUCACCGGUAAGGGCGGCAGCUGGGGUGGCUCUCUCAUCCGCCCGGAGGCCACCGGCUAUGGUGUUGUCUACUACGUCGAGCACAUGAUCAAGCACGCCUCCGGCGGCAAGGAGUCUUUCGCCGGCAAGCGCGUCGCCAUCUCCGGCUCCGGCAACGUCGCCCAGUACGCUGCCCUUAAGGUCAUCGAGCUCGGCGGUUCCGUCGUCUCCCUGUCCGACUCCCAGGGUGCCCUCAUCCUCAGCGGUGAGGAGGGUUCUUUCACCGCCGAGGAGAUCAACGCCAUCGCCACCAUCAAGGUCGAGCGCAAGCAGAUCUCCGAGAUCGCUUCCACCGCUGCCUUCAGCUCCAAGUUCAAGUACAUCCCCGGUGCCCGCCCCUGGACCAACAUUGUCGGCCGUGUCGACAUUGCCCUCCCCUCUGCUACCCAGAACGAGGUUUCCGGCGACGAGGCCAAGGCUCUGAUUGACGCUGGCUGCAAGUUCAUCGCCGAGGGUUCCAACAUGGGUUCCACCCAGGAGGCUAUCGAUGUCUUUGAGGCCCACCGUGAGGCUAACGGUGCCGCUGCCAUCUGGUACGCUCCCGGUAAGGCCGCCAACGCUGGUGGUGUCGCUGUCUCCGGUCUGGAGAUGGCUCAGAACUCUGCCCGUGUCUCCUGGACCUCUGAGGAGGUUGACAGCCGCCUCAAGGGCAUCAUGGAGGAUUGCUUCAAGAACGGUCUCAGCACCGCUCAGGAGUACCUCACCCCCGCUGAGGGUGUCCUGCCUUCCCUCGUUGCUGGCUCCAACAUUGCUGGCUUCACCAAGGUCGCUGAGGCCAUGAAGGACCACGGUGACUGGUGGUAA